UAGCAUUGCAGUGAAAGUAUAGUUUUCUUAGUUUCGAUUUUCGAAGAAAAACGCGAUUUUUCUGGGCAAUAGUCUUAUUAAUAAGCUCUAUUUUAUUAAAAGAAAAUAAAAUAUUCCCGCAAAAAUGUCCGGAGGAAGACGAGUUCCGGCGAACGAGGAUUUAUCCAAUGUGGAGUUCGAAACUAGCGAAGAUGUAGAGGUGCUACCGACUUUCAAUUCAAUGGGGCUCCGUGAGGAACUGCUGCGUGGUGUUUAUGCCUACGGUUUUGAGAAACCGUCGGCCAUUCAACAACGUAGCAUUCUUCCGAUCGUCAAAGGACGCGAUGUUAUUGCUCAGGCCCAAUCAGGUACAGGCAAAACAGCAACAUUUUCGAUUGCCAUCCUCCAAUCUAUGGAUACCACAUUACGUGAGACACAGGUUCUUUGUCUGUCACCAACGCGUGAGUUGGCUGUCCAGAUUCAAAAGGUUAUUUUGGCGUUGGGAGAUUUUAUGAACGUACAGUGUCAUGCUUGUAUCGGCGGAACGAAUCUUGGCGAAGAUAUUCGCAAACUGGACUACGGUCAACACGUCGUCAGUGGUACGCCAGGCCGUGUGUUCGAUAUGAUUAAGCGUCGAGUUUUGCGAACCAGAUCCAUCAAAAUGCUGGUAUUGGACGAAGCAGAUGAAAUGUUGAACAAAGGAUUCAAAGAACAAAUCUACGAUGUUUACCGGUAUCUUCCUCCAGCCACACAAGUCGUUUUAAUAUCCGCCACUUUGCCGCAUGAAAUCCUGGAGAUGACUUCCAAAUUUAUGACGGAUCCUAUUCGUAUUCUGGUUAAACGUGAUGAAUUGACGCUGGAAGGCAUUAAACAAUUUUUCGUUGCUGUUGAACGAGAGGAGUGGAAAUUUGAUACUUUGUGCGAUUUGUAUGAUACACUGACCAUCACCCAGGCGGUCAUCUUUUGCAACACCAAGCGUAAGGUCGAUUGGUUAACGGAAAAAAUGCGCGAGGCAAAUUUUACCGUUAGUUCUAUGCACGGCGACAUGCCGCAAAAGGAGAGAGACGAAAUCAUGAAGGAGUUCCGUUCCGGACAGAGUCGUGUUCUCAUUACAACUGAUGUAUGGGCUCGCGGUAUUGAUGUACAGCAGGUUUCGCUGGUUAUCAACUAUGAUCUGCCGAACAAUCGUGAAUUAUACAUUCAUCGUAUCGGUCGUUCUGGUCGAUUCGGGCGCAAAGGUGUAGCGAUUAACUUCGUGAAGAGUGACGAUAUUAGAAUUCUGCGAGAUAUUGAACAAUACUACUCGACACAGAUUGAUGAGAUGCCAAUGAACGUAGCAGAUUUGAUCUAAGUGGAAAAAUGUAUUUCCCUGUUUAAUACAUUCUUAAUAUUGGUAGGUACCUAUAGAUGUACCUUAGAAAAACCUUAAUAUUGAACACCGAUAUAUAUUUUUAACAUCGGAAAAUUGAUGCACAUAAAAUAAGUGUAAUUGCUAUCAUUGGAGUGAAAACACGACUAAUAAAAAUGAAACCAG